CAGAGCAUAACCUAGCCUUAGCUAAGCUACAUACUAAGGUAGAGUGGGUUUGGGUCAGAGUUCAUUGGUCAGGGUUAGGGUAGCAGCAUGGCGGAGGGUAAGCCGUACCGGUAUGGUCUGAUCGCGGCGGGGAUGUGUGUGUUGUUAGUCGGUCUGUUCGUUAUGACUCAGGAGCGACCUCACAUCUACGCAACAGUCUGCUCUCUGGGGAUCACCAUGAUCAUCCUCGGCACCGCAUGGAGCCUCUGCCAGUGCUACCCUAAGGUGGUGUUGAUCUCUCAGAGCCUGGAGGAGAGGGGAGCAGAGGACAGCAUGGAUGCUGCUGCAGGGGAGAUAAACACCAGUGUUUCACUUGCUAGUUUCCAUGAUAACAAGGUCAGCAUACGUGGCCCUGCCCUGUCUGUUUCUGUCCCUCUGGUACUCCAGCUCCACUCCUCCCACAGCUGUCCCAUACUACACCUGGCUUGACCUGAAAUAAACAUUUUAUGGAUUUCAUAUUUUACUGUGAUCACUCCUGCUUCACACAGACACAAAGAACAAGAACGUU